UCUGGUGCUUACCUCGCUCCAACUCCCAGGGGAUGCAGUUUAGUACAGAGCUAACACUGCAACUACUUACACAGAUAGGUAAACUUAGCUGGCUGGCUAACAAGUAAAAAUACAGGUGCAUUUUAAAACAUUCAUAUGUGUGGGAGGAUCUGUCCACGUAAAUGUAAUUACAUCAACAACAAUGUAAUGCCAUCUUUUUAAUUAAGAUAGCAAGGUUGUUUAGCUUUAUAGCUUGCUAUCGAUUCCAGCACUGCAGUGCAGGCAGAAGCGACAGAGCCGCUUGCUAGCUGGCCACCUGGCUACAUCAGUAAUUGUAGCUAUUCAUCGUUAUGAGGUAGCUUGUUGGGAAUCAGCAAUGCAGUGUAUUAGGACACGAUUGGAGACGUUGAAGCGGAGGCUGAAGUUGGACCUCUUCAGAGAGCUGGGUCGCCAGUAUCCAGUUUUCUGUUUUCUUUUACUGUUUUUGCUUUUUUCAACGGUUCUCCUAAAUAGAUAUCUUCACAUUCUGAUGGUGUUCUGGUCCUUCCUGGCUGGUGUUGUUACUUUCUACUGCUCUCUCGGGCCAGAGUCCCUGCUGCCGAACUUCCUUUUCACAAUAAAGCCGAAGCCCAAGCAGCAGGAGCAGCAGGAAUUAUUCCCCUUGGGACACAGCUGUGCGGUCUGUGGGAAGAUCAAGUGCAAACGCCACAGACCAACGCUGCUGUUGGAGAACUAUCAGCCAUGGCUCGACCUCAAAGUCUACUCUAAAGUGGAUGCUUCUCUCGCAGAGAUUCUGGAGCUGGUUCUGGAGAAUUUUGUCUACCCCUGGUACAGGGACAUCACAGAUGAUGAGGCAUUUGUUGACGAGCUGAGAGUGACCUUGCGCUUCUUUGCGGCGGUGUUGGUCCGCCGGGCCCAGAAGGUUGAUGUUCCAUCUCUUAUAACGAUGAAACUUCUAAAAGUUGCCAUGAAACACAUUGAGAUAAUUACUAAGGCUCGUCAGAAAGUGAAGAACUCGGAGUUCCUGCAGCAGGCUGCGCUGGAGGAGUAUGGACCCGAUCUCCACAUGGCCCUGAGGAGCCGACGAGACGAGCUUCUCUACCUCAGGAAGCUGACCGAAAUGCUCUUCCCUUACAUCCUGCCCCCCAAAGCCAGCGACUGCAGAUCCCUGACACUCCUGAUUCGAGAGGUGCUGGCAGGAUCUGUGUUCCUCCCAUCCAUGGACUUCUUGGCUGACCCUGACACUGUGAACCAUUUGCUGCUUAUUUUUAUUGACAGCACCCCGCCUGAGCCUGCCACAGAGCCUCCCUCCGCCCUAGUGCCAUUUCUGCAGAAGUACUCCGACCUUCGCAACAAGAAGGCUUCGGUGCUGAAGCUGGAGCUGAAGGAGAUCCGCGAGCAGCAGGACCUCCUCUUCCGCUUCAUGAACUUCCUGAAGCAGGAGGGCGCGGUGCACGUGCUGCAGUUCUGCCUCACUGUGGAGGAGUUCAACGACAAGAUUCUGUGUCCGGAACUCAGCGACUCAGAGAUGCUGAUGCUCCACGAGGAGGUGAACAAGAUUUACGAGACCUACUGCCUGGAAGAGAGCGUGGACAAGAUCCGCUUUGACCCUUUCAUUGUGGAAGAGAUUCGCAACAUUGCUGAGGGACCGUACACAGAGGUGGUCAGGCUCCAGACCAUGCGCUGCCUGUUUGAGGCCUAUGAGCAUGUGCUAUCCCUGCUGGAGAACGUCUUCACCCCCAUGUUCUGCCACAGUGACGAGUAUUUCAGGCAGCUGCUGAGGGGGGCCGAGUCACCUGCCAGGAACUCCAAACUGAGCAGAAAUAGCCUGAGUUUGGAUGAUAUCCGGAGCACAUCCAAGCGUGGGGAGUCCUUCGGCAUCAGCCGCAUCGGCAGCAAGAUCAAGGGCGUCUUCAAGAGCACCACCAUGGAGGGCGCCAUGCUGCCGUCGCACGCCAUGGCUGAGGGUGAAGACGACAUGGUGGAGGAGGCCAUCAUGGUGCUGGAGGAUGACUCUCCCAUGGAGGCAAUAAGCACCCCCAGCACCCCCCGAAACCUGGCGGCCUGGAGCAUCGUCAUCCCCUACGUUGAUUUCUAUGAUGACGAGGCCAAGAGGGAGAGAAUCCCCGUGUUCUGCAUCGAUGUGGAACGCAAUGACAGGAGGGCAGUUGGUCAUGAGACAGAGCAUUGGUCAGUUUAUAGAAGGUACCUAGAAUUCUACGUCCUGGAGUCCAAGCUCACAGAAUUUCACGGCUCCUUCCCAGACGCCCAGCUUCCUUCCAAAAGAAUAAUAGGACCAAAAAAUUACGAGUUUCUCAUGUCCAAGCGUGAGGAAUUUCAGGAGUAUCUGCAGAAACUGCUACAGCAUCCUGAACUAAGCAACAGCCAGCUGCUGGCUGACUUCCUGUCCCCACACAGCAUGGAGUCCCAGUUCCUGGACAAGAUGUUGCCUGAUGUCAAUCUAGGGAAGAUCAUCAAGUCAGUCCCAGGGAAGCUGAUCAAGGAGAAAGGCCAGCACCUGGAGCCAUUCAUCCAGUCCUUUUUCAACUCAUGCGAGUCGCCCAAGCCUAAACCCAGCCGCCCAGAACUCACCAUUCUCAGCCCCACCUCCGAGAACAACAAGAAACUUUACAAUGAGCUGUUCAAAAACAAUGCCAACCGCUCCGAAACCACAGAGAAGAAGCACAACCAAAACUACUUUAUGGAGAUGAUCACAGUCGAGGGAGUCUACGACUAUUUAAUGUAUGUGGGACGAGUGGUGUUCCACAUCCCUGAUUGGCUGCACCACCUCCUGAUGGGUGGGCGGAUACUGUUGAAGAACACCCUGGAGGCGUACACAGACCACUACCUACAGUACAAGCUGGACCAGCUGCUCCAGGAGCACCGCGUGGUCUCUCUCAUUACUCUGCUUAGAGAUGCUGUUUUCUGUGAGAACAGUGAGCCUCGCUCAUUUGAGGACAAGCAGAAAAGAGCCAAGAAAACAUUUGAAGAAAUGAUGAACUACAUUCCAGAUUUCCUGGGAAAGUGCAUUGGCGAGGAGGCCAAGUACGAGGGCGUGCGCCUGCUCUUCGACGGGCUGCAGCAGCCGGUCCUCAACAAACAGUUGACCUAUGUCCUGCUGGACAUCACUUUACUGGAACUUUUUCCCGAAUUAAACAAGCAGGUUCAGAAGGACAUCCCAUUCAUGGCUCCAUGGAUGUAGAAUCUAUAGUCUUCAGUCUCUCCCUGAACCAAAGCAGUGGUGUCAUACUGAA